AUGUCUCGGCGUCCAUACAAACCCAAUCUUUUCCAUUGCAGUUUUCCUAGAUGUUCAAAAAGCUGCAAAACGGAAAGGGGCCUUCGACAACAUGAAGAAACAUGUCAUUAUGUCCUUGGAGCUCAAGAACCGCCACAACAACAACCCAAAUCUCCCUCACCACAUCUAUGUGCCCACAAUUCUCUACUCCCAAUCCCAACAACCCCGCCAGAUUCUCCAUCAGCUCAGGUGUUCCUACAUCCAGCUAGACAGCAAAGUUUAGGUAGCCCAAACUCUGAUACUGAAAUCAAGUAUCAUCAAAUCCUUGAUGGAACACCCUGUGAUGCACUCGGAAACGACCUCCCUCCUGGUUCUCCUCCACCGCCAUGUGAUCCAGGGGACACUACAGACUACUCGCCCUUCGUGAGUCAAGCAGAGUUUGAGUUAGCGGAGUUUCUCUAUACGAAAGAAGAGAUGUCAGAGCAGAAGACAAAUCGUUUGAUGGAUCUGCUGAAUGCACUGUACACUCAAGAUGGGCCACCGUUCUCCAGUCAUGAAGAAAUGUGUUCAGUUAUUGACGCUAUCCAUCACGGAGACAUUCCAUGGCAGAGCUUCAAUGUAACCUACAACGGCGAGCUACCGACAGAUGGCCCUGUCCCUACAUGGAAGACACAGCCCUUCGAAAUUGACUAUGCUCCCAAGCGUGUUACAAGAAAGGGGAAACGUCAGUAUACUGACUUGAUGUCGGGAAAUUGGGCAUGGUCUCAAGCGGAUAAGAUCGUGAAUGAGGAUCUCACAGGAUGUAAUGUCCAUGGCGCAAUGUUCUCACCCUGGAUUUUUGGUAGCGACAAGACAACUGUUUCGGUCGCAACAGGUCAAAACGAGUACUACCCACUCUAUCAGUCAUGUGGCAACGUUCACAACAGCAUCCGCCGCGCCCACUGUAAUGCGGUAACAGUGAUAGCUUCGAAGGAUCAAGACAAGAGUGCAGAAUUCCGAAAGUUUCGCCGACAGUUGUUUCAUACAUCACUCGAGUACAUCCUAUCCAGCAUGCGCCCCUAUAUGACCGAGCCAAAGGUGACGAAAUGCCCUGAUGGACAUUACCGGCGGGUAGUCUACGGUAUUGGCCCUUACAUCGCAGACUAUCCAGAGCAGGCGUUACUGAGCUGUAUUGUUCAAAAUUGGUGUCCAAAGUGCCUUGCUCCAGUAGGUAACCUGGAUGGGGAUGGUGAAAUUUUCACUCGCCGGAGCCAUGAGCAUACCAACGCUCUUCUGGAUGGCUGUACACUCAAAGAGUUAUGGGAUGACUUUGGAAUUGUCGGAGAUCUUUUACCUUUCACCAUCUCCUUUCCACGCGCUGACAUCCACGAACUACUAUCGCCCGACCUGCUCCAUCAAAUCAUAAAAGGGACAUUUAAAGAUCACCUUGUUGACUGGGUUACUGAGUAUAUUGAGAUGGCAUAUUCUAAAGCGGAGGCGACAAGACGAUUGGCAGACAUUGAUAGAAGGAAAGUUAAAAUGUGUUCCGCCAUUUCCGGGGCUGAGAAAUUUUCAUGA